UUCGAGUUAGUACCUCCUUCUAACAACUUUGAGGGUCAUAUUAGGCCUUAGCAAAAUGUUCUAUUCUUGUGAAUUAUGUCCCGAGACAUUUUCAGACGAAUCUGAGUUGAAGAACCAUCUCAGUUCCCAUACUGGUAAAAAUUCCUUUACGUGUGAAUGUUGUACAAAAGAGUUUUCUACAGUUUCAAACUUAAACCGACACAUGAAAGUGCACUCUGGCGAAAAACCUUACAGCUGUGAAUGCUGUUCAAAGGCAUUUUCUGUAGCUGCGAACUUACGGCGACACAUGAAAGUACACUCUGGCGACAAACCUUUUUCCUGCGAUAGCUGUAGGAAGGCAUUUUCUAAAGUUAAAUACUUACGGCGACACAUGAGGGGUCACGCUGGCGAAAAACCUUAUCCCUGCCAACAUUGUUCGGAGACAUUUUCUCUACCUUCACAGUUAAGAGAUCACGUAAAAAGUCACACUGGCGAAAAACCUUAUUCUUGCGCAUGCUGUUCAAAGGCAUUUUCUAAGGCUUCACGCUUGAUAGAACACAUGAGAAUUCAUACCGGCGAGAAGCCUUAUUCUUGCACAUGUUGUUCGAAGACAUUUUCUAGUGCUGCAAACUUAGGGCGACACAUCAAAAUUCACUCUGGCGAAAAGCCUUAUUCUUGCGAAUGUUGCUCAAAAGCAUUUUCGCAAAGUUCAUACUUAAAACAACACAUGAAAAGUCACACAGGCGAAAAACCUUAUUCUUGCGAAUUUUGUUCGAAGACAUUUUCUGGAGCUUCACACUUAAAAUAUCACAUAAGAAGUCACACUGGCGAAAAACCUCAUGCCUGCUCAUAUUGUUCGAAGCCAUUUUCUCAAGCUUCAAGCUUAAAAGAACAUAUGAGAACUCACACUGGCGAGAAACCUUAUUCUUGUGAUUGCUGUUCAAAGGCAUUUUCUCGAGCUUCACAUUUGAAACAACACAUGAGAACUCACACUGGCGAAAAACCUUAUUCUUGCGAGCAUUGUUCAAAGGCAUUUUCUCACUCUUCACACUUUAAACAGCAUAUGAGAAGUCACACUAGGCAAAAAACGGUAGGCUUGGAAAUUCUGCUUAAAAGCAUUUCCUGAUUUUACUCAAUUAAAAAACAUUUUAAAGUGCAUACUGGCGAAAAGCCUUAUUCUUGCCAAUGGUGUCGAAAAGCAUUUUGUAAGGCUUUACGCUUAAAAGAAUGCGAAAGUUGUUCAAAGGCCGUUUCGAAAGUUUCACACUUAAAACAAUACAUGAGAAUUAACACUGGCAAAAAACCUUAGUCUUGCGAAUGUUGUUCGAAGACAUUUUCUGGAGCUUCACACUUAAAAUAUCACAUAAGAAGUCACACUGGCGAGAAACUUUAUGCUGCUCAUAUUGUUGGAUGCCAUUUUCUCGAGCUUCACACUUAAAAAGUCACUUAAUAAGUCUCACUGGCGAAAAAACAAUUCUUGCGAACAUUGUUCAAAGGCAUUUUCUCAUUCUUCACACUUAAAACAACACAUGAGAAGCCACACUAGGCGAAAAACGGUACGCUUGGGAGUUCUGUUUAAAAACAUUUCCUGAUUUUUCCUAAUGAAAAAGCAUUUAAGAGUGCCUAGUGGCGAAAAACAAAAUUCGUGAAAAUGUUGUUUGAAUGCAGUUUCUUAAAUUCACAUUUAAAGCAGCACAUGAUGGGGGGGGGGGGGGGUCCACACUAUCUUAAACCUGUACUCCUGUAAAUUAUAUUUUUAGACAUCGAUUUAAAGGAUCAUGCUGGGGAAAAAGGAUUUCUUGUGAAUGUCAUUCAAAGACAUUUUCUACAGCUACAAACUUACGACGACAGUUGAAAGUUCAUUCUGGCGAAAGACUUUAUUCUUGUGAAUGCUCUUCGAAGGCAUUUCUUAAAGUUUCACACUUACGAAAACAGGAGAACUCACUUUGGCGAAAAACUGUAUUCUUGAAAAUUCUGUUUAAAGACAUUUUCUGUUCUUUCCUAAUUAGUACGCCAUUUCGUUUUUAUACUGCCCUAAAACCGCAUUCAUGUGAAUAUUGCCCAAUAAGCAUUUUCUCGAACCUCACAGUUAAAGAAACACAUGAUAACCGAUACUGCAGAAAAGCCAUACUUGAAUGAUUUUUGUUCUGGCAUUUCUAUAAACCAAGGUCCCAUUAGAUGGUGCUGAUGCUUUUCAGGCAUUGACUUUUCUGUGUUAAACCCAUACAACUUUGAUUUGCCCUUGAAAUUCUUGAAAAAUUCGAAACUUCAUAUGUCUCCUAUUUUGACCGCAAGAGACGCUGUACUUAAUCUUGUGCAUCCACUCAAUCACUGUCAACGUUACUAAGCUUGUUCAUUUUUUGAUUGGACGUCGCUCAUUUUGACCGCAAGAGGCGCUGAACCCAAUCCUGUGCAUCCACCAAUCAAUGGAAACGUAGUAGAAAAUGGAUUGCCUGUAGCGCCCUCUUUGUUUCCAUGGGUUUCAGCGAUUGUCAUGGCCUAUAAGAAUUAAGUGCAGCCAUGCUUGAACUUAACAUUCCCAGCAUCACGUGAUUGUACAAAUCGGCAAAAAGCCAAGGAGAACUUACACUGGCAAAACAACUUGCUCUUGGUAAUGUUUGUCAAAAGGAUUUUUCAAGGUCACAGAUGAAGCAACUCACGGAGAAAUAUCCAACAGUAGAGAAAUAUUCGAUGCUUGUAAACUUUGUUCAAAGUCAUCUUCUGAUUCUCUCUAGAUAAAGGGACAUUUGGAAGUCCAUAGCGGUGAAAAAGUAUAUUUUUGUGAAAAUUGUUUAAAUUAUGUAACAAAUUAUUUUUCCAAAACAUUGUUUUCAAAGUUGUGCAUGAAAGUUCGCAACGGCGAAAGACGUUAUUCGUGUAAUUAUUGCUUUCAUGCAUUUUCUAUGUCAGCAUGAUUUCUGAAAGAAGUGGUUUUUUUAAGCAGUGUUUUAUUUUCAGUUUCAUCUAUCUCCAAAAUCACUUCAUAUGGGAUUUUUCUGACUUUGUUUCUCCGGACACUCACGGCUUUUGACAACACAACUCUCUGGAGUUCUUUUCAGUUGCACAUACCCCAAUGCCGAAUCUCCAUAUCCCUCUCUGCACUAGCAAAUUGCAUAAAAUUCAAGCAUUUCAUUAAAAUUUGAAAAUAAUCUAUUGCUCUGUAUUUUAAAAAUAAAACUAUAUGUAUUAU